AUGCUCUGGAAAAGGUGGACUUUGGCCGUGACCAUUGUGGUGCUGCAGCUUGCUGCGGUGUUACUAUUUGCCCGCGGGUUUCUGCCCUCACGUGUCUUGCUUCCUGGAUACACCGAAUCACGUGUUUCCACCGAGGCGCCUUUCCAAAAGGCCAUCAUCAUGGUGGUGGACGCGUUUCGAAGCGAUUUCGCAUUUUCGGACCAAAGCAAUUGUCCACAACUUCACAAGCGCAUUAAUUCCGGUGGCGCUAUCCCUUUCACGGCCCAUUCGACGCCUCCAACAGUCACUUUACCCCGUAUCAAGGGUUUGACAACUGGAUCGACGCCAAACUUUUUGGACGCGGUUCUCAACAUUGCCGAGAGCGACAAUUCGUCCACGCUAGCUAACCAGGACUCGUGGCUGGCCCAGGCGUCCCGUGAUGGCCGCAAAAUCCACAUGUUUGGAGACGACACCUGGAUCAAGCUGUUCCCAGGCAUGUUUGACGACUGUGAAGGAACUGCCUCCUUUUUUGUGUCGGACUACACAGAGGUGGAUAACAAUGUGACGCGUCAUAUUGACACCCAAUUGGACCAGAAAACCGAGUGGGAUGUGCUGAUUCUGCACUAUCUCGGUUUGGAUCAUAUUGGACAUAAGACUGGUCCUGAAUCUCCAUUUAUGCCUGCCAAACAGAAGGAGAUGGACGAUAUUUUCGACAAGCUGUACAACAGCUGUGACGACGACACGGUGCUGAUUCUUCUGGGCGAUCACGGCAUGAACGAGGUCGGAAAUCACGGAGGAAGUAGUGCUGGAGAAACAUCUGCGGCCAUGGUUUUUGCUUCUCCCAAAUUUGAAACAGCUCAGCUUACUGAAACAGCGGAGACUUCUCCUUUGCCCUGGACAGACACCUACAAAUACCACUCCAGAAUGGACCAGACGGAUCUGGUGCCUACUCUGACAGCACUUCUGGGCCUCAACACUCCCAAAAACAACUUGGGAGUGCUAGUGUCUCAAAUGCUGGGUCUUUGGUCUCCCGAAGAUCAGCUCAAUGUGCUCAAAAACAAUGCAGAUCAGAUGGUCCAGAUUUUACAGGGCCAAGCGUCACGCGAAAGUGACGCCAAAGAGGUCUACGAGCUGUACGACACUCUCAACAGCAACCCCUCAGUUAAGGACUACUACAACUUUUUAUAUGAGGCCCAGUCGUACCUGACUCAUGCAUCUUCCAACUAUAAUACUAACGAUAUGCUCGGUGGUAUUGGUCUGGGUCUCCUAUCUACCAUUCUGGCUCUGACCGUCUUCUCAGCCCUGACUCUUGCAGUUCAGGGGCUGAAACGGCUCUAUCUCAUCAUUCUGCUGGUCUAUUUCAUUUCCGUAUUCGGCUCGUCUACUGUGGAGGAGGAGCACCAAAUCUGGUAUUGGAUCACAUCAGGCUGGAUGGCGUUUCUGUACAUUUCCGGCAGCCGUAACAAGUUUGGAGACGGUUUCAACUGGAUGUUUGUACAGGUCUUCGUGCGAAUGAUGAUCUCCUGGAACCAAACGGGCCAAAAAUUCACCAAGAAGGACGACAUAGUUACGUGGCUGUCCAAGGACGGCAACCACCCAGUUCUCUGGAUCCUUAUUCUCGUCACCUACGGAGUGGCUUUCAACAAGGUAUGGAGAUACGGAUUUUCCAAGGUUGAGUCCAAACUGGCCUUUCUGCUCACUCUCAUUACCACUUUUGCCUCUGUGGGCUUCAAAAUUACCCAGGCCUGGGAGGCCGGAGAGGUUGUCCCUGCUCCCCUGCUCUAUCUGAUGGGCCUACCCGGUACUUUGAACGAGGUGAACGCUCGAAUGGCCGGCCUGGCUCGGUUUGCCUUCUCCACCAUUGCAGCAGGCUCCCUGUACCGAGUCCUGAGUUUGGCCGGGACCGAUAAGGUUAAUCUCAUCCGCGACUUGCAUGCGUUCCUAACUCUGUUCCUCAUCACGCAGUCGCGGAUCCAAAACAUCCCGCUGUUUAUGGUGUACUACUUUCUAGAGAUUUUCUUACGAAAGGCCACCAACCGGUCCUUUAUCUUCUCAUCACGUGACAUUUACCAGACGGAGGCACUAUUCCAGAAGCUCGUUCUGGUGCUGUCGGUUUCGACUCUACUUCUUGAGCAGGUGUCAUUCUUCUCAAUGGGUAACUCCAACAGUAUGGCGUCCAUCGACCUGUCUAACGCCUACAAUGGCGUCACACUCUACCAGAUUGAGUUUGUGGGCGUGUUGACGUUUGUGUCCAACUGGAUUGGCCCUCUGUACUGGUCCACAGCCGGACUCAGUUUCCUGCUUGAAGAUCACGUUCGAAACGCCAUCUUUGCCAAGAUUGCCGAGAAGAACAAUGACGUCAAGCUGACGACUAAGCUGGUGCAGCAGGCGCUGACGCUGCGAGUCUACGUGGUUUUGGCCUUUUCCAGUGUGGCCAUUUCGGCGGUGAUGAUCACUUGCUUUUUCCUCAGAGAGCAUCUCUUCAUCUGGACAGUCUUUUCUCCCAAGCUGUUGUAUCAGUUUGUGUGGACGGUGUUGCAAUUUGCGCUGGUUGAUGUGAUUCUCAGCAGCAUUUUUGUCGUCCUCGUAUAUAGAUCGGUGUAA